AUGGAUCUGGACUAUUUAAAAGCAUUAGAAAUCCAAAGAAAGAACUUCGAGGCCCAGUUCGGGACAUUAGAUGACAUGGGUUUUGAAGAUAAGACCAAAGUCGAAGAAGAAGAGGAGGAAUUUGGUGGAUUUAGUGAUGACAGUGAUAGCGAUGAGAUGAGUGAUGAGGAAGAUCACAGUAAUGACACCAAUAGUGAUAAUGACAGUCUCAAUGACAGUGAUAGUGAAAGUGACAACGACAAUACCGACACUGUUGCCGCCCCUAAAGUCAUACGACUCAACGAUACCUUCUCCCAACCCAUACUAUCCAAAAAGGAACAGAAACAAAUCCGUUCAGGUAGAAUUCUUUCCCUAGAAGAACAGGCCAAGAAGGAGAGAUCUCAGACCAAACUCACAGCCAAGCAACAAGCUGCCAAUAAGAAAGAAGAUGACGAAAACCUCGAGAACGACGUCAAACUUCAAAGAUUACUCCAAGAAUCCCACAUUCUUUCCCAUGAUUUGAAGUAUAGUGGAGCCGACGUAACAUUACAGACGUUGGACUAUGAGGAACCUACUGGUAAAGCUCGUAAGAAGGCAUUGACGUCGAGAAUUAGAAACUUAUCGGACACAAAACCUUUAAAGUUAGAGAGUAUGCCGAUGUCCAUGAGGAAAGGUAUGAUCAAAAGUAGAGAGAAGAAGAUAGCUAAGUAUGAGGAAGAAGCGAAGAAUGCUGGGAUCAUUUUGUCCAAGGUGAAGAAAGGUGAACUUCGAGACUUGAAUAUGGGUAAGGGUUCCACAUUCCAGAGUGACAGAUUAGGUAACGGAGUGAAGAAGGUGAAUAGGGUGAGAGAUAGAGGAUUAAAGAUUCAUAGUAUUGGGAAGAGUACCAAGAAUGGGUUGAUUAUCUCGAAGAAAGAGAUUGAGAGAAUUAAUAAGAAGAGGUCUUAA